CUGUCGGUCUGGUCUGGUCUGGCGAUGAAAUACUAACUCAUGUUCUCCUCCCUUCCCUCUCCCUCUUCUCUUCUGCCCGCCGCCGUUCUGCCCUGGCGCUGUGGAGCGCCGCGGAGCCCUUUCCCUUCCCGACCUCGCGCCUCAGGCUUUUGUGAUGCCAUCUUGGUUUUGAAGACAUCUACGCAGGUUGAGUACUCCUAUAUUGAUCGAUCGCAGGACAGGACGCGCAGUCGACUUCGGAGCUUUGAAGAUCGGCCAGUACGUCUGAAGGUUAGUAGCCUUGGAGUUUGGAGUUUGCGAUCGAACGACGAUGGGCCUCUCGCGGCGGUUUCUGAAUCUGAUCGUGGAAAACCCGGUCCCUGGCAUCAAAUCGCUGCUCUGCAUCGACCUGACGCGCCACCAAUUGUUUAACCCGACACCACUAACAACAAUCGGGGUCGGAUCAGAAUCAGCAGUAGCGCAAGGCUCUAGUUCUCCGAAACAGCCUGCUGGUGCCUUCAAUCUGAAGAAUAAACAGGCUGAUGGGGCAGUCUUCUUGAUGGAGAGAUUUCAGCUUCCUGACCCGACCUUCAACUUCAGAGCUCAAGCUAAACCCCACAUGUGGAAAAUCGACUGCUUCCCGCUUGCAGAUCGCAAGGUCAUCUGCGUGGACCAGGCUGGGCGCACCUUCCUCUUCGACGCAGACACACGCCAGUUGGUGACCAUGCCUAGCCUCCACAAACCCAAGUGGAGUCCCUUCUCCAUAUUUGUCCCCAGCACUGACGAGGACGCCGAGCACCGCGAUGGUGGGAGACUCUAUGUCAUGGAGAAAAAUCCCGAAUUCGAGGCAGGUAGCUGCGUGCAGCACAGCGAUCAGUUUGAGGCCUUUGUCUUCCACAAGCCCACAGAGACAUCCUUCAAGUCAUGGCACUGCCAAUUGCUCCCGCCACCACCAUUCGUUCAUGAUUAUGCAUACAGCCAGAAACGCUGCAAGAUCACAUCCUACUCUGUGGUUGGGGACAACAGUUCCCACAUCCUCAUAUCUGCUGAGGAUGCUGGCACCUACUGUUUGGACACGGUGAGCAAUAUCUGGAGCCGAGUUGGUGAGUGGACACUGCCUUUCUGCGGCAAGGUUGAGUAUGUCCCCGAGCUCAAGCUCUGGUUUGGCCUCUCUGCCGAGGACCAUCAUUUGGCUGCUGUUGACCUAUCAGCCAUGGAUUCCACGCCACAGCUAGUUGGUAGUUGGAAGGAACUUGAACCAUGCUGGGGAUGGGAGAAAUCCCAGGAUUCUCAACUUGUCAACCUGGGCUCAGGCAGGUUCUGCAUUGCGAGGUUCUUUGAAGCUAUGGAGUUGGGUGGUGAGUUUGGCAACAAAUUAGUUGAGCAGAAUUUUGUAAUCUUGACUGGUGUGGAGGUAAAGCUGGCUGUGAACGAUGUCAAUUGCAGCGCCAGUGGAAAUAGUAAAACGAAACUUGAAGUGGCUAUGCACAAGCCGCAAUUUCACAUGUCAAAUGAGACCUUUAUUGAUGCUGUGUUCUGAAUAAUAUUGGUCCCAUAAUAUUGAGGCCUUGUUUUCAAGA